GUAAGACUUUCCCAUCCCUCCGUAAAUUAAUCUUCAUGAGGAAAAUCACCAGAUUGGAAAAAGAUACUUCCUGGUCUUGAGGCUGCGAUAGCAGAACACUGGGACGAAGUCGCACAGACUGAGCACAGUCUCAUGUAGGCAUCUUAAAGGCGUUCCUACCAGCGUGGCUUUGACCCUGCUGUUUGGAGACGAGUGCUGCCGUACCAGGACGUCUGCAAAUUUGCUGCAUUCAAAUCCUUGUUUCACAGGCCGAGAGAGGAACAGAUCACACAAUCGAGUUUUUCCGACGCGAUGGCACAGCUGCCGAACCUUAUUUCAGUAUGGCUUCAGGAUAGAGCAACCCAUGCGCGAAAUCUAGCCGCUGCGGAGCUAGGUUCACAAAUUAAUCCUGCUGUCGACCCGACGAGUUUGGCCAUAUGUGUUUUCGGAUGUUCCAACGGAUGCUAUUCUUGUACCUAUUCCGAUCUCUGGCGACAUCACUGCGUGCGCCGUUAUCGUUUUUACGGGGAAUUCAUCUUCCCGGAUGUUGACACGUUGUACGAAGGCAACGGUGAUAUCACGUUCGACUCUAAGCGGUCUGCUAUGGUUUCCUAUCUGGUAACCAUGGUGUCUCGCGAUCCUACCACCACUACUGUAGAGAAUAUGGAUUCUUGGGGACGUUUUCGUUUGCUUGAAUAGAUCCAUUAGUAGGUUUAGAGCCCGUGGCGGAGGCGCUCACGCUGUAUUUGGGUGUCCUUUACUG